AUGGUUAAUGCCAUUCCACAUAAGACUCGUAAAAGAACAGAGUUUCGGCCAUGUUCGUAUUAUAAUUCCAGUCCAGAUUCACUCAAUGUAACACUUUCACCUGACCCGCUUGUGCCUGGGAGCCCUGCCACCUUGACUAUAUUCGGAACAUCGACACGAAUUAUUCCCCCAGGUUCUGAGCUUAGUACUCGAUUGAGGGAAUAUAAUAACAAUCGCAUAAUUUAUGAUGUGAGUUUUUGCGCCAUACCUGGAAUUGCAUGUCCAAUGCCAGCUGGAACCACAUUCAAAAUAACAAAAGAGCUGAUCUAUUCGCCUACGACAUACACUAUUGCAGUUGGCAUAGUGGAUCGAGACAACUUGAUGGCCUGUGCGGAUACGACCAUCGGUGUUAUGCCACGUGAUGUGACGCCUGAUGCUGUUCCUGCUUUUUUCACGUUUAAAGACUAA